GCUUACGCUUCGCAGGAUAAAAAUCCAAGGCAAUCAACGGAGCAGGGCAAAAGUUUGGAGCAGCGAUAUGUAGAGGAACACACAGCGCACUUUCCCACCGAGUUUUUUGGUUUCUCCCCGCUAAGCCCUCCUAAUAGUGUCUAAAAAGUGAGAUAGGCUGCGCCGACAGGAACAUAAGGAGGCGACGGAGGCGCUUCAGCCAAAGGAAAGAAGUGCCGUGAGAAAGAUACCGUCUCUCUCUUGGACACGCUCAUACACACACACACACACACACACAGACACACACAGAAACGCGCACAGCAGCACAGCCGCGCCCGGAUCGCGUCCUACCGCACAGCUCUUCCUGCCUCCCUGCUAUAGCAUGGCCAGUUCGAGUAAAGCGACUUUAAUCUUGCUCAUCUACGGAAUCUUAAUGCACUACAGUGUCUUCUGCACACCUAUCGGACUAAGUUAUCCUAAGAUAAGACUUGAAAACGACGCCUUCGAUGAGGAUGGCAAUGCUCUGUCGGACAUGGGAUUUGAGAACGACCAGAUUGCUAUACGAAGCCCCCCCUCACUAAACGACGACGCCUACUCCCUGUACUACCCCCCGGAGAAGAGACCAGAAAGGCAUGCUGAGGAAGAAUUAGAUAGAGCCUUGAGGGAGAUCCUGGGUCAGUUAACAGCGAGACAUUAUCUACAUUCUCUGAUGACUGUUCGUGCAGGUGAAGACAACAGCAUGGAGGAGGACUCUGAGCCCCUGUCCAAAAGACAUUCGGACGGGAUCUUCACCGACAGCUACAGCCGCUAUAGAAAGCAGAUGGCCGUGCAGAAGUACCUGGCAGCGGUUCUGGGUAGAAGGUACAGACAGAGAGUUAGGAACAAAGGACGCAGGCUCGCCUAUUUGUAGCGUCGCAAAAGCUCCCAAACUGCCCUCCUGUGUAUAUACAUCCAGUCGUUAAAUCAAAGUCAUUCAGAUAUAUCUGACCAACCAGUGGAUUGCGCCUGUGUUCUUUCAACAUGUAUUUAUGUAUGAAGUAAAGCCAUUAAAAUGAAUAUUUUAAUAAUAAUCGUUUUUUUUUUCUUUUUGUACAAAAGCACUUGAUACCGCACAGUUAUACUUUGUGGACCAAUAUUUUAUUUUUCAUGUUGAGAUGUUGAAAGCAAAAGAAAAAAAAAAGAAAAAAAAAGAAAAAAAGA